CUUGUAAUGAUUAAGUCACAGGCGCAAACGCAGGAAUAUAUCACCAACUAGAAAAACAAAUAAAACUCGUAACAAUGGCCGCUCAAUACGACAUCCAGACCUUCUUGCUAGAUAAGCAAAACAUCCACGAGACAGUAGCUCGCCUUACCUUGAACCUGGACCUACGUUCAACCGACGGCCUCAUCAAUGACGUCUACGCCCCAGACGUCGUCAUCGACUACACGUCCAUGUUCGGCGGGGAGCCGACAGAGACGACCAACGAGGCAUGGGCUAAGAGCCUCGAGCCGAUGAUGGCGGCUUUCGAUUCGACGCAGCACGUAGUCACGAACGAAGUCAUCGAGCUGCCGCAGCCAGCCAAGGGCGUCAGCAGGCCGGUUAAGGCUAGCGUCGUUGCUCAGGUCAAUGGACAUAUGUUCCGCCGCGCGGCGAGAGGAAAGCCGCUUAUGCACAAUGGGGGCCGAUAUAAUAUCGAGCUCGUGCGACUCCCGGAGCUCGAGCAGGAGGGAGAGAACCCGUGGAGGAUCAGCAGGCAGGCUACUGUCAUCGGCUGGGAAGACGGUAGCUCGGAUGUUAUGAGCGUGUUUGCUGGUAUCGGGCAUUAGGUUGAACGGCCUGGUUGCGGGCGGUAAGGGAUGAGAUGAGGCCUGAUGGGGAUGACGUUACAUGUGAGGGCGGCUUCCCUUGGGUAUCACUUUACGAAAAUAUAUUAUAUCGUAUGGUAGCAAAAUAUAUCCCAAGGUAGGAGAGUCAUUCAAGUAUUUUUAAGAGAAACAUUUCUUCGUAGUUGUUAUGAAGCACAACUUCAAAUAUAACUCUCAUCCUGUCCACAAACUAGUCCCCCCCUAUUUUUCUCUUGGUAACGUAAAGAUUCAUACCAUAACUCUAGGCUAGGUAGGUAGAAGGAGUAACAGCAGAUACACACUAUCCUUUUUCUUUCGUCCAUUACAACGUCCGCGCUCUUCUACGUGAAAAGCGUAAGACCCAGCGUUAGUCGUUCCUCUACGCGACGAAGAUAUACCAGCCAUCUAAAAAACGGUUGUUGCUCAUACGCUUGAUGAGGAAUAUAUAUGAAGGAAGACAUAGUGUUUGCUUUAAGUUUACGAAGCGUUAUUAUAUUGACCUUUUUUUUAUAAGAAUUAAUGUUAUAAAUAAAUAGUAAGGUUUUUUAAUUCAAGUGUUUCUAAAUAACACAUAUCAAUUGUGUGGCAC